AUGUCGCCGCAGCCGCCUGGCACGGCAGACACAACCACCAGUAAACGCAGUCUGAGGUCAACAACCCCAGCACCAUCGACAUCUAAGCCCGAGUCUCAGAACAAGCUUGAGCUUCCAACGAUGGCAAAGGUACCGUCGACGGAAGCAGCUAUACAGCUGUUACUCAAAAACAAGCUCAUUGAAGACAAGCACCCGAACGUGAAGAGCCUGGUUCAGGGUCUUUCGUUAAUCGCUAAGUCGGCCUCCAAGGCCUCAGCUAUGGUUGACAUCAUCACCGCUUUCGCUCACUAUGCUAGUAGACUAACGGUGGAAGAAGCAGCUGGAAAGCUUAUAGAACACGUUGUCCACAAGACGAACAACUCGUGGGGCUACCUUGACGACACGGCUACAGACUUCACGCAACUGGAGUCCAAGUUCGAGCUCCACGUCAAUCGAACGGAAGUACUACUCCAGAAGCUCGAGGUCGAGCACAAAAACUCGGCGGAAAGAGCCUCCAGACUCGAACAAGCUGUCACGAAGAUGAUACAAACAUCCGAAGAGAUAGCAAAAGAACAUACCAAUCCGGUAGGUGCCGUGCCGCAACCUUCUGGACUGACAUAUGCUGCAGCCGUAACCCAAGUACUCCCGACCUCCCAUGCAUCCACCCUCGCCCGCGAAGACAUCCUAGCCAGCCAGGUCCUCGUUGACGGAGCCCCGGCCAAGAACGCCUCCGGAGCUAUGCUCACAGAAGAGGAGCUCCUAGCGAAAGCAGAAAUGGCAUACAGCUUGAUGGGUAUCAAGGCGUCAGACGCUCCCCCCUCCUUCGCUUUCCGCUCGUGCAAGAAACUCCGAAAUGGCGGGGUAGUAUACAACAUGAACAGCCCGACGUCGGCCAAGUGGCUACGUUCUACUGAUGUCAUGAAGACCUUUCUUGACCACUUCGGUGGUGGUAACUGCCAACUGAAGACACAUACGUAUGCCGUUAUUGCUGAAUUUGUCCCGAUAGCCUGUCGCCCCGACGAACCCCACUACCUUCGAAUUAUUGAAUCACGCAACAACUACGACCCAGGUGACAUCGAAAGUGCGCAAUGGAUUAAGCCUCCGGAAUGCCGAUCCGAAGGCCAACGUAAAGCCCACCUCAUUAUCCGUUUCACUAACCCAAAAUCAGCAAACUCUGCACUCAGACAGGGCCUGAUUAUUGCAGGAACUGACAUUUCAGCACGGAGACUCAUUCCAGAGCCCCGCAGAUGCCUCAAAUGUCAAAAGAUAGGAGUCCCACACUUUAGUGCAGACUGCAAAUCCAUCCAUGACACGUGCGGUAAGUGUGCCUCUGUCGGGCACAGAACAGCUGACUGCCAGGAACUUGACCCAACCAACUACGGCUGUGCUAAUUGCCAAGCCACGCAUCGCCCAGACUGGAAGGGGCAUGCCGCUUGGGACCGUUUAUGUCCCAUCUUCCUAGAAGAGCGGAAGAAGAUGAUGGACCGCCUCCCAGAGAGCAAGUACCGUUUCUUCCCAACUGCUGACCCCACUUCAUGGGAACAGAUACAUGAGGUUACGCCAGCUCAUCCAAUGGCCCACACAACUGCAUUCCCAGCUCGUACAAUGACUAGCACCCAACCUUCGCAGUCCCGAGCUAAGCAGAAGUAUCCACAAAGCUGGGCAGAUGAUGAGCCCCCAGUUACCUUUCACUUUCAGAAUGGCAACAAACGACCCUCGCAAGCUCAGCGGAAGCAAGCGUACCAAGCAUCCCAGGGUCAUCACGAUACUAACCAAACACUAAUCUAUGACCAUCUCAACCAAGCUGGCUCCUCCGAAGCAGCACAUGACGGCCGCUCCCAACAAUCUCUAGACUAUGCCUGA